GCAUCUGUACUUUAGUGUAAAGUGUAAACUGUAAACAGAGUUUUCCUUCGUAAUUCUUAUCAGUUUUUCUGAUUUAAGUACACUUAUUUCAUAUUUAUUUACAGUUUUUUAUAUCGGGAUACCCAGGAGAAAAAUUUAAUAAACACAUUUCAUUGUUAAUGGUACAUACAUAAAAUAUGGAGCUGCAAGAUACUUACUAUAAUAAAUCUGAAUACGUUGAAACUGCAUCUGGAAACAAAGUAAGUCGUCAAACUGUUCUUUGUGGCUCACAAAAUAUUGUCCUACAUGGAAAAGUUAUUGUACAAAGCGAUGCAAUAAUACGUGGUGAUUUAGCAAACGUAAAAACUGGAAGAUUUUGUAUUAUUAGUAAGGGCUCUGUUCUUCGGCCACCAUUUAAGAAAUUCAGUAAAGGAGUAGCUUUCUUCCCUUUACAAAUGGGUGACCAUGUUUUUGUUGGUGAAAAUACAGUUGUCAAUGCUGCUGUUGUUGGUUCUUAUGUCUACAUCGGUAAAAAUGUGGUUAUAGGUCGGAGAUGUGUUCUAAAAGACUGUUGCAUGAUUGAAGACAACUCUGUAUUGCCUGCUGAAACUGUAGUACCAUCAUUUGCAAGAUAUUCUGGUAGUCCAGCAAGAUUAUUAACUUCUUUACCUGAAGCUACACCAGAUUUUAUGACAGAGUUUACUAAGAGCUACUAUCAGCACUUUUUACCUACAGCAACAGUAUAAUAAUAAACUUUUUCAAAGCCUCUUAUUUAUUUAUGUAACAUGAAAAAUAAAAUAUUAUGAUUUGGGUCUUAACCCAGAAUUUCAUAUUUGUAACUAUA